UAGUAGGUACAGUAUACUGAAGACUUUUCAGGUCACAGUUCUCCAAGCUGCAACCAACGGGAAAUCAAUACCGAGCUUUUUUAGAAGUACCUAAUGCCCCACAUUGCAAGCACAGUCUUCGCCGUCGUCGCCGCCGUGUGCCGUCGUUGUUGCUAACUCGCCGCCUCCUCUCUGGCCAAGGCAUGCCUCUGCUGGCUGAGGCAGCCUAGUGCCGAUCUCGGGACAGUGUGCUCCGCAGAAUGGGAUAGCGACACCGAAACCUGCACAACUUCCCAACUGUACUAAUCAGAUUGGACGAAAGAAGCAAGGAAGAUGAUUGAUCCAUCUUCAUCUGAAGAAGACAGCGAAGAGGAGCAUGCCCCUCCUCACGCGGGCCACCAUCCUGCCGCCCACCACCACCACCACCAAACCACCCACCACCACCACCAUCCCUCCGAAGCUUCUCCUUACCAUGCUCACUUGUCAGAUUCUGGUAGUGGGAACCUGGAGGUUCCGAACAACACAGCGGCCCUCCAACGUUCCUUAUCACCAUCCAGUGCCGUAUCAGCCGAAACCCUCAGCCACAGUAUAGGAUCCUCCCGAGCGAACUCCCUUCCCCGUCCCACGAGUCCCUCCCCGUCCGUGGCCUCGGAAAAAACCGAAGUUGACCUCCAGGAGAAGCAGGAACGCGAGGAGGAAGAGCGAAAAAGGCGCAUUCAGCUUUACGUGUUCAUUUCGAGGUGUAUCGCUUAUCCCUUCAACGCAAAACAACCGACGGAUAUGACUCGACGUCAGACCAAAAUCACAAAACACCAAUUAGAAACUAUCACCGCCAGAUUUCAGAGUUUUUUGAAAGGAGAAACUCAAAUAAUGGCGGAUGAAGCUUUCCAAAACGCUGUACAAAAUUACUACGAUGUUUUCCUCAAAUCGGAAAGGGUAGUCAAAAUGGUGCAAUCUGGUGCUUGUUCGCAAUAUGAUUUUAGAGAGGUUUUUAGGAAUAAUAUCGAGAAACGCGUUAGGUCUUUGCCAGAAAUGGAAGGUUUAAGUAAAGAAACCGUAUUUACCUCAUGGAUGGCGAAAUUUGACUGUAUUCUAAAAGGAUUAGGCGACGAAGAUUCCAAGCGGCCUUCUAGAAUGCAACAGCAAUCUUUAAAUUCGGAGUUAAUUUUAUCGAAAGAACAGCUGUACGACAUGUUCCAACAAAUACUGGGAGUCAAAAAAUUCGAACACCAACUUCUUUUCAAUGCUCUAAUGCUUGAUUCGGCUGACGAACAAGCCGCUGCUAUUCGGAGAGAGUUAGAUGGCAGAAUGCAAAAAGUAGCUGAAAUGGAAAAGAACCGGAAGCUAAUGCCGAAAUUUGUACUGAAAGAAAUGGAGUCUUUGUACAUAGAGGAGUUAAAGUCAUCAAUAAAUUUAUUGAUGGCAAAUCUAGAAUCUCUCCCCGUUUCAAAAGGAUCGAUGGACUCUAAAUAUGGCUUGCAAAAACUAAAACGCUAUAAUCACAGGUUGCAUAACCAUAAUAAUCCGUAUAAUGUGAAGCAUCUUUUGAUGAAUUAUGUUACUUCUUUUAGAUCGCAAGGAUCUUUAGCGAAAUUAGAAGGAGACUCAGCUGACAGUGACACACAACUGACAAAACUUGAUGUUGUCCUAACUUUUCAGUUAGAGGUAGUAGUAAUGGAAGUAAAAGGUUUAAAAUCUCUAGCGCCAAAUCGAAUCGUGUAUUGCACCAUGGAGGUCGAGAACGGAGAAAAGCUCCAAACUGACCAGGCCGAAGCCUCGAAACCGAUGUGGGACACGCAGGGCGAUUUUUGCACGACCCACCCUUUGCCAAUUGUCAAAGUAAAACUGUACACCGAAAACCCCGGAAUGCUAGCCCUCGAAGACAAAGAACUCGGGAAAGUCAUCCUCAAACCGACGCCCCUCUCGUCAAAGGUACCGGAAUGGCACAAAAUGACUGUACCUAAAAACCUCCCCGAUCAAGACUUACGGAUUAGAAUAGCGUGUAGAAUGGACAAGCCUUUGAAUAUGAAACAUUGCGGCUAUUUGUAUGCCUUGGGGAAAAACGUUUGGAAAAAGUGGAAAAAGCGAUAUUACGUUCUGGUGCAAGUCUCCCAGUACACAUUUGCAAUGUGCAGUUACAAGGAAAAAAAGUCGGAGCCUUCCGAGAUGAUGCAGUUGGACGGCUACACGGUCGACUACAUCGAAGCCUCGAGUGCCAACUUAAUGGUCGGAAUGGGUAAGCAUUUGGAAGGCGGGCGGUACUUUUUUAACGCCGUCAAGGAGGGCGAUAGCAUUAUUUACGCGAGCGACGACGAGAACGAGUGCCAUUUGUGGGUGAUGGCAAUGUACCGCGCGACCGGCCAAAGCCACAAGCCCACCCCGCCCCUGACUUUGCAAGACAAAAACUCCACCAUCUCGAAAAUUCAAGGAGACGCUGAUCGGGCCCGAAAGCACGGCAUGGAAGACUUCAUAUCGGCCGAUCCGUGCCAGUUCGACCACGCGGCUCUGUUCAAGCUCCUGCAGAACCUCACGUUAGAGUACCGACUCAACGACCCGUACUGCUCUCUGGGGUGGUUUAGCCCUGGCCAAGUGUUUGUUUUGGACGAGUAUUGUGCGAGAUACGGAGUGCGGGGAUGUUACAGACAUUUGUGUUAUUUAUCUGACUUGUUAGAUAGGGCCGAAAAAAAUAUUAUGAUUGAUCCUACCCUUAUACACUAUAGUUUUGCGUUCUGUGCCAGCCACGUCCAUGGAAACAGCAAUGACUUUAGACCCGACGGCGUUGGAAGCGUCACCCACGAAGAGAAAGAAAAAUUUCAAGAAGUUAAGGAACGGUUACGAGUUUUGUUAGAAAACCAAAUUACCAAUUUCAGGUAUUGUUUUCCUUUUGGGAGACCAGAGGGCGCCUUAAAAGCAACUCUUUCAUUAUUAGAAAGAGUGCUAAUGAAAGAUAUCGUUACACCAGUGCCUCCUGAAGAAGUACGCGGGAUGAUUAAGAAAUGUUUAGAAACUGCUGCGUUACUCAACUACACUAGAUUAUCUUCAGAAGCAAAAAUAGAAGAAGAUUUGCGAGGGGAAACCAUGGUGCCACCCAGCAAAAAAUUAGACGAUUUAAUUCACUUAGCUGAGUUAUGUGUUGACUUAUUGCAACAAAACGAGGAACAUUAUGCCGAGCAGCUGCGCAAGGCAGACCGGCAGCCGUCGCCACAGGCCGCAGCCUCGGCGGGCACGAACGCUAGUUCGGCCGCUCCGGGCGCUCCGGGCAAUCCGGGCACUCCGGGCCGUGAUGCCAAGCAGCAAAACUCUGUGUUCCGCUAUUGCAUGCCUCAGCAUGCCACUUACACCCCACCAGACCCCACGGCCUUUGCGUGGUUCAGUGAUUUAUUAGUCGAACACGCGGAAAUAUUUUGGUCCUUGUUUGCCGUCGACAUGGACCGCGUCCUAGCUGAGCAACCAGCAGACACGUGGGACUCGUUCCCACUUUUCCAAAUCCUUAACGAUUACCUCCGAACUGAUGACAACUUGAAAAAUGGGCGGUUCCACCAACAUUUAAGAGACACUUUUGCGCCUCUGGUCGUACGUUAUGUCGAUCUAAUGGAGUCUUCGAUCGCCCAGUCGAUACACAAGGGCUUCGAGAAGGAACGAUGGGAGAUCAAGGGCAAUGGGUGUGCCACCUCCGAGGACUUGUUCUGGAAACUGGACGCGCUCCAGUCGUUCAUCCGCGACCUCCACUGGCCGGACGCCGAGUUCCGGCAACACCUGGAACAGCGUUUGAAGCUGAUGGCGUGCGAUAUGAUCGAGUCGUGCAUCCAACGGACGGAGACCGCGUUCCAGCAGUGGCUGAAGAAGUCCGUCACUUUCAUCUCCACCGACUACAUCAUCCCGUCGGAGAUGUGUGCCAUGGUUAACGUUAUCCUGGACGCUAAGAACCAGUCGUUGAAGUUGUGUGCUGUCGACGGAAUCGACGUUCACCAAUACCACACGAAAAUCGACGACCAAAUCGACAAAACCCUGGCGAACAUGAACCAGGGGAUGAUCAGCAAGCUGAUGUCGGUCCUGGAAGCCACACUGUCGAAGCUAUCGCGCUACGACGAGGGGAGUUUGAUCGGCUCGAUUCUGAGCUUUACGAACGUGUCCGGGUCUGGCAAGGACAUGGGCCAGGGUUAUGUGAAUUUCACGCGGAACUGCAUGGACCAGAUUAGGGGUAAAGUGACGGACGAACUCUGGAUUCUAAAUUUCUUCGAACAGUGGUACACCAGCCAAAUCAACAUGCUUUGCAACUGGUUAUCAGAACGGUUGGAUCACACUUUGCAUCCAUACCAAUGUACGUGCCUUGCCCAUAUUGUGAAGAAAAUCUACUCCGAUUUCGAACUUCAAGGCGUGAUGGAAGAUAAGUUGAAUUCCAAAGCUUACCAAACCAUAGCCCAGCGAAUGCAGACCGAGGAGGCAACGUGUGCCCUUACCAUGGGACAGGCUGAAGGGGGGAGUGAGGGUUUGGACGAAGACGGUGAUAAUCGAAGUAAGACGAAAGUUACGAUCAUGGAGAGUCUGAGUGGCGAAGACGGGAAUUAUGUCUCGAACAUCGGGAAUAUGGUGGCAGGACGGGUCGGGAAUAUCUUCGGGAAGGGGUUGGGAGGAAUCAGUACAAAAUUUGGUGGUGGAACAAGCAGUUGGUUUUAAACUAGCAGAUUUUAUUAUAGCUUAUGUUUUCUCACAGAGUUACAAGAAUGCUGGCACUGGCCUGAUAUUGUGAUGGUCCGCUUUUUAUCUAGAUGAAUAAUUUCAAAGCAAUUUUGUACCGUUUGUUGACAUUUGUUGACGUUCUAUACCAAUAAUAUUGUUCGAGAAUACCCAGUACUCAGCACUGUUCUUUAUUUGCCACCACUAUAUAUAGUUCUAAUCGAAUGAUUUUGUUAUCUGUGCCUCGUGGCGCGACAUCUAUACAUUAAGCCUUCAGGAACACACCAUUUGAAUUGGUACAAUAAAUGACAUUCAGUAACAACUGCACUGGACUCGAAACGUUUAACCAUUAGCUCAUAACUUAAGUACAGGCCACAAAUUGCUGUUUGCUAGACCGUUAAUAAAUUUUUAUCACAUAUCAAGCACUAAACUGCUCCAAUUUAUUUUACGUGCCGUUAAAAACCGACACUUAAUUUGUAUUAUAAAUAUGAGCGAGUCCAGUGAUGUUGGUGAGUGUAGUAUAAAGAUCGCAAUUACGACGUUUUCAGUAUCUGUAGCACAUUGCGCAUAUCUUUAAGAAUGCAUUGUCGUAGACAUACAACUGGAUACUGAAAAUGUUUUUGUUUUUAAAUAUGUAUUUGCUUUAUGUGCUGCUGGCAUCGGUUUGUAAAGUACGGUUACACGGAGACAGCUUAUACAUCUCUAUAAGUUACUAUGUUGUUCAGUUAGAUUUUAGAAUAAACUGAUUAAAUAACAACGAUAACUAAUUGAAAUUUUUUAUGGUAACUGCAUGCCGCUGCUGCUAAUAUUUUUAAAAUUCUCUGUAGCUCUUUUAUCAGAAAACAUUGACGAGUACAAAUUUAUCAUUCGUAUAUUGUAGCAUAGAUAUCAACAAUUUUGAUGCGUAAUUUUUGAUAAAUGUGAAUAGGUGACGAUAUAGUCUUAAAUUAAUAACUCUUCAUCACUUCAUUAUAUAAUAAAAAGGUAUAUCCAAUUGGUUGUUGAAAACUUUAAAGUUUAAAAAUAUUCCCAUAUAAGUGUAUAUAGAAAUACAGAUGUUCGUAUUUCAUAAUUACUUUAUCUGCCUUUUCAUGAACAUCAAAUACUAUACUUAUUGUAGGAUAUAACUGAAUAAUAGACGGUAACUGAAUUUCAUAGUAACUUGCUUUUUUAUUUCCAAAAUCAAUAAACACGUUCCAAUACGACGUAUACUUGUCUAUAUAAAACAGUCUAUGUUUUUCGUUUUUGUUGCAAAACGGUCAUGGCAAUUCUUAGCACUGAUUUGUAAAUGAAUGUUGGGCCUGUGAUGUCGACAAACCAAAAGAUGCUAAAAAAUUUAAGCCUAUAUAAAUGAUUAUUUAUAGGCUAGAUAAUAUUGUUAUGUUUAACUAACUUGUACUUACUGAUGGUAAAUAAAUUGUUUUAAAAGA